AUGGGCCACUUUGCGCCCAUCUACACGGCGUCGCCCGACUUGCCCAGUGCCGCCAUCAACGACCUCUGCAGCCUCAUUCCGGCCGCCAACGGUCCGUGGACGCUCGUGACCAAACUCGACGCCAACACGACCAACGUCCAUGGCUGCCCAGGCGUCAACCCGGCCCUCGAACGCUGCAAGCGGCUGCUCGCGACGACGCUCAUGCCGUUCACCAACAAGACGACGCUCGUGGCCGCCGACUCGCUCGGGUGCAGCUUUGGCACCAUGUACGACGAUCGCAAUGUGGUUGAUAGCCAAUUCGUUCGCCAUCGCUGCAUCAUGUGA